GUUGCCCCGCCCCCACGCUGAGUGACAGCUGAUGAGCACAACAGCGUGAAACAGCAGACAUGAAGGACAACAGUCUGCCACGUAUCGUGGUUAUUAUUCUGUGUACGGUGGUUUUUAUUGCCGUUUUAGUGGUUAACGCAUUGGCUGGAGCGGGAAAAGGUCCUUUCCACUCUCCUACUGGCAAUGUGUCAGCACGCUAUGAGACCGAUAUCACUCCAGCAGGCUGGACCUUCUCUAUCUGGGGCGUCAUCUAUACCUGGCUCACCCUGAUGGUGAUAUACCUCACUUCAUAUGUGUUCAGAGGGUCCUGGGCUCAGUGUCUGUUGCCGUACACCUUCUACUUGUGCUGGCUGUCCAACAUGGUGAUGAACAUAGUAUGGCUGCUGCUGUGGGAUAGAGAGUCGAUGCUAGCGGCUCUGGUUGUGUUAGUCCUGAUGACCAUUUCCAACUACAUUGCAUUGUUCUUCUGUUGCUUUGCCACGGAUUACUAUGGACUCUGGUUACAGACUUACCAUAGGAAAGACCUGUACUGUCUACGAAUACUGGUCCAGAAUGGUUUGGCUCUCUACACCACAUGGAUUUCCAUUGCUUCUCUGAUCAACUUCUCAUUGGUGCUUCACCUGUGGGGUGUGGCCAGGAGCACAGCAGCAACAGCUUCUCUAUGCAUCCUGUUUGCAGAGGUGGUGGGAUGGUUCCUGCUUGAGAACUGGGUGCUGGACCGCUGGGUGCGUAACAUCGUCACCGUGUACCCCGUGGUCAUCGUGGCUCUGGUUGGAAACGUCUUCAAACAUUUUAACCCUGCUGAUCCAACUCCAAAUUCAGUGUUUGUCGUGGUGCUGCUGGUGUUGGCCUGCGUCCUGCUGGUUUUCCGACUCUGCACUGUCAUCUGGAGGAAUGAAAUGAGGCCCCUCCACUCCCCAGGCUCAGCACGCCUCAUGGUUUCUCCUCUUGAUGGCAGAAAAUUCAUUAUUUUUAAUUAAACGAGCCGUUUUUACUACUUGCUGUCACACUGCCGUAUUUAAACUGCAGAGCUACACUUCAUUUUUCAUAUUCCAGUUUCCAGGCAGAAAACCUCUUCUUCACUCCUCUCUUGUCCCUCAACUGCAAUCAAGACGAUGGGACAGUUACUUUGAAACACUAAUUACCGACUAACACUCUUCACCUUUACUUUCCUUUACUAGUUCCUGUAUGUGAUGUACUUUUUACAAAAUAUAAUGCAUGACACUUCAGUAUGUUUGAAUGUUGAAUUAAAGCAUUCUCUUUUGUUAGCGUUGUUGAGAAUGUAUCCAAUCAACUGCUAAAUAAUAAACCGUUUGGCUGA